AUUCGUAGCUGCUAGUAGCUGCCGUUCGCGGCGCUCAUCAGUCACUGUGUGCUGUGUGGUGUAUAUCAGCGUUGAGGGCACGAGUUUCCGCGUGACUCUCUGUGAGACGUGUGCUCCGAUUGUGCGUUGUGUCACACUGUUGUGUUAUACACGAUUAUGCUGUAUAGAAACGUGAUUGUGCGCGCGUCAACAGUAUGUACACGCUAUUACAUAUACUGUUAAUACUAGCACACCGCUUGUACGCCACGUUCUGUUACGCCUGCACCGCGUUACAACGAAUGUACACAGAAUUCUUCUGGUACGCCGCGACCGUGAGCACGGCGACGGAGCUCGACGCGCUGGUGCACACUCUCGCGCGUGCCAAAAAGAUCCCGAAACACUUGGUGAUCAUACACGCGCUGUGCGACCAGUCGCUCCUGGACUAUGUGCGUAUCAUUGGUUGGUGCAUCACACUUGAUAUACGUCAUAUCAGCUUCUUCGACCGUAAUGGUUUUUUUAAGAGAAAUGAAAGCAAUCUUAAAGAACAGUUUGCGAAAAAGUGGCCUGAUUUAGUAGAAAAUAUUACCUGGAAUUCUUAUACAAAGGCACCUAGUCAAAAUGGAAUAACAGACAGCAGGACAAAAAUAAAUGUAUCAUUCUUAUCCGACGUAGAUGGUAAAGGAAAGAUAGUAACAUUAACACAAUCAUUGGCAAAGGCCGUAUCUUCAGGGAAACUUGAUCCAGAAGAAAUCACGGACCAACUAAUUACUGAAAAGUUACAAAUAAAAGGGAUGCCCGAUCCCGAUCUUGCUUUAAUAUACGGUUACAGUUGUUCCACACAUGGUCUUCUACCGUGGCACACAAGAACAACAGAAUUUUUAAUGCUGCCACUGUACGUUAGUAUUACAGUGAAAGAUUUCGCGUAUAUAUUAGAGAGAUAUAAUAAAUGUGUACAACGGUACGGGAAAUGAUAUGCUUGUACAAUAUAUAGAAAUGCUCGAUUUUCAAAUUGGAGCCACGUCCUUCGUGGAUUUGUUUUCGACAAUUGAAAUCUUGAAAAUAAAUCUGAAAACAUCGUUGAAAGCAAAAGAUGUGGCACCAAACCAGAAACUAAACAGAGCCAGUGUAAAAAUAAAACAGAUCAUCAAG